CCUUUUUGUAAUAAAAAAAAUCAUUUCAUACAUUUUCUCUUUGCAAGAAUGGCUUCGAUCACAUUCUUGAUCCUAGCAAUUAUUUUGAGUUCUAGAACUUCAGGAGCCACUUCUCGUGGGGGACUCUUUGAAGCUUCUGCUGCCACGGAUAAACAUGAGCAAUGGAUGUCUCGUUUCCAUCGUGUUUACUCCGAUGAGUCUGAAAAAACAAAUAGGUUUGAGAUCUUUAAGAAGAACUUGGAGUUCGUCAAGAACUUCAACAUGAAUACAAACAUAACGUUCAAGUUGGAUGUCAACCAAUUCUCUGAUCUCACCGACGAGGAGUUUCGGGCGAGGUACAUGGGGCUAGUGGUACCGGAAGGUAUGACCAGUAUAAAUUCAGAAAAAACGUUGUCAUAUAGAUAUGAAGAUGUCAGUGAAACCGGUGAAAGCAUGGAUUGGAGAGAGGAGGGGGCUGUUACAUCCAUUAAGUACCAAGGCCAAUGUG